AUGUUCAAGCUCGCUGUUGCUACCGUUGCUCUCGCUACUACUGCUGCUGCAGCCAACUAUAAGCGCGUUACGUGUCCCGACGGUAUUAACACUGCGACCAACGAGGCUUGUUGUGCGUUCUUUGCCCUCAGGGAUGAUUUGCAGAACAACCUCUUCGAGGGUCAAUGUGGGGAGGAUGUACACGAAAGUCUUCGACUGACCUUCCAUGAUGCCAUUGGUUGGUCUGGUUCGAAAACAUUCAAGGGAGAUGGAGCAGACGGUUCAAUCAUCUUGUUCAGAGACACUGAACUAGCCGACCCCGCCAACGCUGGAGUUGAUGACCCUGUCGAUGCCCUUUCACCAUUCUUGACGCGUCAUGAUGUGUCUGCUGGUGACCUUAUCCAGUUUGCUGGUGCUCUCGGUAUCACGAACUGUGCUGGUGCACCUCGCUUGGAGUUCCUUGCGGGCCGACCGAAUGCAACCUUCCCGGCUCAACAAGGAACGGUUCCUCUGCCACAGAGUCCGCCUGAUGUUAUCCUUGAACGUAUGGAGGACGCUGGAUUCAGCGAUGCAGAGACAAUUCAUUUGCUCGUGAGCCACACAAUUGCACGCUCCGACACGUUGGUUCCUGGUCAUGAGGCUGUUCCAUUCGACUCGACACCAUUCACGUUCGACCCUCAAAUUUUCCUUGAAGUCCUGCUCAAGGGUACCGGUCUCCCCUUCGAUGUCAACAACACCGACGGUGCAGAAGUCGACUCACCGCUCCCUUCAUCUGGCGAGAUGCGUCUCCAGUCUGACUUCGCUCUUGCUCGCUCCGACCGCACUGCUUGUGAAUGGCAGUCCAUGGUUGCGGACCAGCAAUUGAUGAUGAGCAACUUCCAGGCUGCUAUGUCGAGGCUCGCCAUUGUUGGGCACAAUCGGAACCAACUCGUCGACUGCUCCGAGCUCAUCCCAACACCGAUUGCUCCAGUUAGCUCUGCUGCUACGUUCCCUGCUGGCACUAGCCCAGACGACGUUGAGCAAGUCUGCCAAGAGCCAUUCCCGUCCCUCGCUAUUACUGGAGGCCAGGCAACUCAGAUCCCGGAGUGCCCUGACGGUGACCUCAACCUUGCCGACUGCCCGUCUUAA